AUGCCAGAGAUCAACUUUCAACGUGAUACUCCACUUCUUCGUCCACAAGACAAUACAACAACAACAACUACAACAAGUACAACUACAACUAGUAGUACAAAGACAUCAGUCAUUGCAAUGAUGCAUGGAAUGAAGAGUACAACAUAUAGUGUUGAUGCACAGUUGGAUGAUUAUAUAUUCCCAUCAACAUUGACUAGAUUGACAUAUAACUCGAGACAUCAGAUUGUGACAGAGUAUCUACCUCACUCUCUGACCAAGUUGGUGCUUGGUAAACUUUGGUGUCAAAGUUGUGAACUACCAAUAACAUUGCCAAACUCAAUCACCAGUAUAACCUUUGAAUACAUCACUCAUGAGUUGAAGCCGGGCUCCCUGCCAGACAAUCUCCGCUCAUUGAAGCUUAGGUCACGAUACAGAUUUACAAUUACACCACGCGUAUUGCCACGAUCGCUCAUAAAGCUCAAGUUCGCCAAUGACUAUUAUCAAGGACAACAAUUCCCAAUGUUGUUUGCACCUGGAUCACUGCCCGAUUCCCUCCAAACACUGAUUGUCUCGGAAUCAUUCAAUCAACCUUUGGAGGUUGGUCUACUACCGGCAUCACUCAGAUCGUUGUACCUUGGCGCGGGAUUCAAUCAAAGCCUAUCAGGCAAUGUACUUCCACCGGCACUUAAGAAGCUGUCAUUUGGCAAGUCGUCGAUAUUUAAUCGUGAGCUCCAACCAGGUGACCUACCACAAUCACUUCGAUCCCUUCAACUUGGACCUCAGUUCAAUCAAAUGCUUCAACCUGGUAUCCUGCCCCCAAUGCUCGAGACUCUAUCCUUCAUUGGAUACUCAAUUUACAAUCACAUCUUUGUUGCAGGCUCGCUGCCAGACUCACUGACCAGUUAUAAUCAAUACCUUCAACCUGGGGUCAUUCCAACGUCACUCAAGACACUAUCCUUCGCAGAGUCUAUGUUCAAUCAACCUAUUGAUGCAGGCUCUCUACCAAAGGGCAUCACAUCACUAUCUUUUAGCCAACAAUUCAACCAAUUGCUCUCCCCAGGUGUGCUACCCUCAACCAUCACAUCACUGACCUUUAAAGAACUCUACAAUCAACAGCUGGUUGCAAAUGUAUUGCCAAGUGCAUUACAAGAGUUGGUGUUUGGUGCAUCGUUCGAUCAAGACGUCUUUGUACCCAAGGUACUUCCAUCAAACCUAAAGACAUUGAUCAUGGCCCAAUGCAAACAACCGAUCAUUAUUGGAUCCCUCCCAUCAACACUCACUUACUUGAGCUUAGGUGAAGAGUUUAAUCAAUCCAUCAAACCAAACGCAUUGCCGUCGUCAUUGACAAGGUUGGAGCUGGGCGACAUGUUCAAUCGUCCUCUCCUGCGUGGCGUGUUGCCCUCGUCGCUCAAGUGGUUCAGACUGGGAAAGCAGUACAAACAGAUUGCACAGAAUACAGUGUUGCCAGAAGGACUCACUCAACUGUUGGUGGCAUCAUUGACGCAGCUCAAGGGGGUUGUGAUACCAUCUUCACUUGAAGACCUCGAGAUAGAGAAUGACGUCAGGGCCAACUUCCAGCCACCGGCGAUCCCCGCCAGCGUCAAGACGUUGUGGAUGUAUGCCAAGGUGCCAACAGCCAACACCCAGAAUCUAACGAAUAGACAGGUAUCGUUUGUGUCGACGUGCGCAGCUUCACUACCAAACGUCACCACGCAUAAUCUUCGCAUCGAGUAUUCAGUUCCACGCUACUCAUCUUGGCGUCGGCGCAACACGUCAGUGAUUGUCAGACAACUUUCAGUCCAACUUCGUAUGAAUGAUCAGUACCAUGGUGUAUGUCUGGUGCGCAAGAUACCAGUCAACUCCAACGACACCGAUACACUAUACUUCCAUACGAUCAACUUUGAUGAUAGCGAACAAACAACAACCUCCAAGAAGAAGAAGAAAUAA